GUCUCGCCCAGCUUUCCAGUAUACUGGAAGUACACCAUGAAUGUCAAUCCUAGACAAACAUGGGCACGUUGAACGUUGAUCCCUGAAGCUUGAGAGUCAAGACUAACUUCUCUGCGCACAUCGUGAUGGACAGCGCCUGCUGUGCUGAACUAUUAUUUCAGAAUGAUAUCGCAAGAAGCUCGAAUGUCCCCACUUCGAUCACCGACGCGAAAUUCGCUGACCAAGCUAAAUGCAAUGCGUUCUAACGUCUAAUGAACACAGCAUUCACGUCUAGCAUUACCAUGUACUGUGACACAAAGUCGCAAGUUUUCCACUACCUUCAGCUCAUUAGCAAUGACUUUGUCAGCCUACUAUGACUUGAGUGGCAUCAGACGCUAGCAUCUGUCAUAUAAACAUGUUCAAGUCUGCCUUCAUACUGUACCAAACAAACGAUACUCAAGUUUCUUUCCCUAAAUAAUGUCUAGCAUCCCAUCCAAACACCUGGCCAUUGGGUUCACAUCCCCCAACUCCGGCGUUGUCUCAUUUGAUCAACCUACACCCGAACCUAGUCAUGACGAAAUUCUCGUGCGCGUGCUCUACGCCUCUGUCUCCCAGUUCGAACUCUGGCAAGUCGACUUCGGACUGAUCGUGACCGACUACCCACAUGUCUUGGGUAUCAAUCUGCUUGGAGAGGUUGUGAAGGCGGGCGAAGACGUCGAUGUGAAAGUCGGCGAGAAAGUUCUAUCUUUUAGCUUUGCGCCUACAGCGGGGAAAGCCCUACAAGAGUAUGCUGUACUCAGCAAAUGGAAGGUCGGGAGGCUCCCCUCAAACGUUUCACCUCAGGAAGCCGUCUCUGUACCAGAUAACUUCGUGACAGCAUACUGGUCUCUGUUUGGGAACAUCAAGCUUCCAGUUCCUUCAGAACUUCCCUCGAACUUAUCUCCAGCUGAGGCCACCACGCCAAUCCUCGUCUGGGGCGCUGGAGGAAGCACCGGUCAAUAUGCUCUCCAGGUCCUGCGACUUGCGGGCUAUACCAACGUUAUCGCAGUUGCAUCUUCUCGUCAUCACGAGUUCCUCCGCUCUCUUGGCGCAGCUAUCACUCUCGACUACAAAUCCAAGGAUAUCAUCGAACAGGUUCUGAAGGCCGCUGGUGGGCCAGUCAAAUACGUCUUUGACACGAUCGCCGAUGAAGAGCAUAGUCUCUCGCACAUUGCCAAAUUUGUUGCGGAGGGAAGCCAGGUCGCCUACCUCAUCCCUGUUCGAGUCGGAGGCCAAGGAGCGGUACAAAGAGUGAAGCCUCAGACUGACACCUCAUUCCCCUCCGGUGUUGAACUACUCCCAGUUAGAACUGCUUAUUAUCAAUCGAACGAGAAGUUCAAGGACGAGCUUCAGCCAAAGAUUUUGCCCGAGCUUCUGGCUUCUGGCUUGAUCACGCCUAAUCGCAUCCGUGAGAUUCAAGGUGCCACGUUACUAGAUCGAGUAAAGGAAGCCUUGGAUAUUCUUAGAAAGGGCGAAGUUAGCGGUGAGAGGCUUGUCGUUCGCGUUUCUGCAUGAAGUAUUUGCAAUUUGGAUAGUAAUGUAAGAGGUAGUUCAUUGACCGAGGAUAGAUGAAGAGGCAUACCUCACAUCACUUUCCCUCAGGCUCCUGAGAUGCCGUCUCUUCGAUUACUACCGAGGUAUAUCAUGUUUCGGUUAUGAGUCUUUUGGUAAGGAUUGCUUUAUGAUGGGUAUAAAUAAUAAAUGUGAAACUUAUAC